CCGCGUUGUAUUUGUAUCCGAUGACGAAUGAGGAUGGAGGCAGUUCUAGCCAAGUAUGAGAAUCAAAUCAACGUAUUCUCCGAGUUCCUAGAAGACCUGCCAGAUGUAGACGAGCCAGUAUGGAUCUUGGGAGCAUGUUAUGAUCUUAAAACAAAGAAAUCGGAGCUGCUCUCGGAUGUGCGGUCACGACUGUGGUUCACAUAUAGGAAAAAGUUUUCUCCCAUAGGAGGAACAGGCCCUUCAUCAGACGCGGGAUGGGGCUGCAUGCUCCGCUGUGGACAGAUGAUCCUCGCACAGGCUUUGGUCAGCAGGCACCUUGGUCGAGAUUGGAGAUGGGAUGCAGAGAAACGUCAGCCCAAAGAGUAUCAUCGCAUCUUGCACUGCUUUUUAGACAAGAAGGAUAGCUGCUACUCUAUUCACCAGAUGGCUCAGAUGGGCGUUGGAGAGGGCAAGUCUGUUGGAGAAUGGUAUGGACCGAACACAGUGGCUCAAGUACUCAAGAAACUUGCCCUGUUUGAUGAUUGGAAUACACUGGCUGUGUAUGUGUCAAUGGACAACACAGUUGUUAUUGAAGACAUCAAGAAACAGUGUAAGCAGCCAGGCCGGGAAAGCAGGUCCAGGGCUGGUCCCUGUGGCCGAGGAGAAGUGCCAGCGUCAGGCCAGAGCUGUUCAGAGGUUCAGGGAAAGACACUUAACCUUCAGUCCCAAAGGCCCCUGGACUGGAGGCCCCUGCUGCUGGUCAUUCCUCUUCGAAUGGGCAUUAACAGCAUCAACCCCGUCUACAUUCAGGCCUUCAAAGGUUUUUUCUGCAAGAGUGAGGAGGACUUUGACAGCUGGUGUGAUCUGGUUCAGCAGGAGCUCCUCAAGAAAAGAAACCUGCGGAUGUUCGAGCUGGUCGAGAAACACCCGUCUCAUUGGCCUCCGUUCGUUCCUCCCACCAAACCAGAGGUGCAGACCACAGGAGCAGAGUUCAUCGAGUCCCCAGACAAGCUUUUUGAGUCAGAAGAGGAGUUUGAGAUCCUAAAUGUGUGAUCAGUCCACGGAUAAAGCCUUGCUCUGCUCCACACUGCACAAGUGCCUCAGAUCAACACCGAGCACACGCUUCCUGCACGCAAAAAACAGCAGCAGAGCAGAAAAGCCUAUCAGUGAGGAACAUAAGAAGCCAAGGAUCCCGUAUCAACUUUGUGUGACGUUUAGCCUCGUUCAGAGGCCGUGUAAGAGACUUGUGUUUUUAACUGUGGAAACAAACUGAGAACUCGUCGUGUUCGCAUGAACUUUUCCGUACUGUAUCAUGGAGAGGUGAAGGCUUUGAUGAGGAUGAUAUCUUUUACAACCUCAACACACUACCUCCUGACUGCAGGAGAUGGAUCAUAUGCAGACAUCUUUAAUUCAGUGUUAUUCAAGGAAAAAAACGACAACUUUAUUGGUUAAUCAAGUGCCUCUCUUUAUGACAUAUUUAUGUUUCUGACAGGUAAAGGUGAUGUUUCCUUUCCUUAUUACAGUGGGUUAAUUAUUUCACCCAGCCCUGCACAUCUGUAAAUAUGGCUUCAAAUGAAGAUAUUUAAAAAUGUUUAGCGCGGUCCUAUCACGUUUUUAAAAAAAGAAAUCAACUGUAAAGAUACUAAAUUAUGAGAUCCUAUCAUUUAUCGGUGAAUAUUGUCCCUUUCAUGUCCACACUGUCUUUGUAUGUUUAUAAAAGAUGACA